AUGACGCCUUCUAGGAAAAGGCCGUAUGUUGAUGCCGAGGCUCAGCCGGAGUUUCAUUAUGGUCGCAGCAAAAGACAUAACAGAUCUCAAUAUGGAUACCAUCAAUUACAGCAUAUGAAUGUUCCGUCAACCUCCAUCGCUAUUGACCCUGCUCUUGAAGCUUACACCAACACGGCCUCUUCGUCGAGCGCUGACCUCAACCAAUUGCUACUCCCCACCCCUGGUCUUGAAGGACCCACAUCACCACGACCCGCUUACCCACGCCAGAUCAAUGAUCUGGAACCCCUUACUCAAGACGCACAAUCGGGUUCCGUAGGACAUCAGGAGCCAGAGCCGAAUCCAUCACUCAACUCUUACCCCGAACCGUGGAAUCCGCAAUUUGUCAAUGGGGGACCUUUCCAGUAUCCUAUGAGCCGCGCUUAUUCCGGCGCCUGGGGACGAAUGAACUAUCCGGUUCCAAGACCACAGCAUUGGCCUCACUCUGCUUCUGAGAUGGACUGUAGCGUCUCGGGAAGAUAUCCCCCUGACUCUGCAUAUUACACCAAAAGUCCCGCAACCCAGUCGAUCUUCAGUGGUGAGUUUCCUGCCUCGAGUCAGCAAAGCCUUAACGGAGCCAUGAACGCCAUGGAGCUUCCGAACGACCAGAUACCGUACAUGCUCUAUCCAACUGAGAGACCCUCGCAAGUCUCUCAAGAGGCUCAAUACUCCUAUGCUGAGCGACCCGAUGCAGAGCAUCAGAUCGAGAAUAGUGUUGAAUGGGUUUGCAAGGAGUGUGGACCGCGAAUAGUUUUCAAGAACAAGUCAGAAUUCAACAAACACAAACUUCGCCAUGAAAAACCAUUCAAAUGCGAAGUAGCAGGCUGCAACAGAAAGACGGGUUUCACCACCAAGAACGACCUGGACAGACACAAGAAGAGUAUUCACCAAGUCUACACUGGCAAAUCUUACAUGUGCGCUGCACCUCACUGCGCCAAGAAGAACAAGAUUUGGCCACGUGCGGACAACUUCCGGCAGCACAUAAAACGCCUGCACAAUGAUUGGAAUCCUCAAGAGCUCAUGGACAAGUCAGUAGAUCUCUUCGAAGUCGCGCACUCGAUGAAAAGGCGCGGUCUUAUUCAUUCGUUAGAGCUCUGCCAGCAAAGCAUUUAUGAAGAUGAUGGUACCACAGAAAAUGAUAUGCCGUAUUUGGUGACUCUGCCAGAGAUCGAUGACUCUUCUAAUGUCGACAGUAUCUCGACUCCGUAUCAACAAGGCAAUGCGUAUAUGAGCGCUACGUCUCAAGACUCGGCCAAUCUGUAUAGUGCCUCGAACCAGGACGUGGGAGACCUCAUGGACUUAGACCAGGAACUAAUCGACCAGUACCAGAGGGUAAUGACUGCAGACGGCCAGUAUGUUUCUCUAGCGCCGGAGCGAUGCCUUGCCACCCCGGGAUCAAGUUUUGCAAAGCUCUCGCCACCGUCCAGAAGAAAGCAGCCGGUAGUCCAUAACCCAAAAGAUUGCCCAGAUGGUUCAGCAUGGACCGAUGCUCGAGGAUUGCAAACAACAAACACUGAUAGAUCGCGGACUUUGGCAAUCUCAGCUGACGAGGCAUCCCAAGCCAUAGCUUCGGAUCUCAGCAAAGCUGACCCUCGAAGUAAGGAAGAAAUGGAAUUGGUCAUCAGGACCAGUGUUCUCAGUCUACUGAGUGCCAACAAGAGUCGGAAACGGAACCCUCAAGACUCGCCUUGCAGGGAGCUUACGGAUCCGGAAAAGCAGCUUCAGUGUCGAUUCUGCCACAAGAAGAAGAAGACUCAGUGUGAUCUCAACAAACACCUUAAACGCCAUACCCGUCCCUACGGCUGUACCUACACCAACUGCCCACGCCGCUUCGGCAGUAAAAACGACUGGAAACGCCACGAAAACAGUAUGCACUACCAAGUUGAAGCCUGGAAAUGCGCCGAACCCAAGAUUUCGGACGGCUCCGAUUUCACCACGGCCAGAGGCAAACGCUCAGGGACCAUCGAGACUACCACCCGGAAACAAUGCGGCCGUCUCCGUUACCGCCGCGAACUAUUCAUGACCCAUCUGCACGAAGAACACAAUCUCGCCGGCCGUGAACACGAGCAGUACGUCAAAGACCAAUGUAAGAAGCGCCGCGUGGGUCGGAAUGGCCAAUGCGGCUUCUGGUGCGGUUUCUGCCAGACCGUCGUUCGGCUCGAGAAAAUGGGUAUCGAGGCAUGGGAUGAGCGGUUCAAUCAUAUCGAUGAUGAGCAUUUCAAAAAAGGCACCAGAGUCGAGGAUUGGGUGCCGCUGGAAGGGGAAGUGCCGAGGGGGGCGUUGGAACUUGCAGAGGUGUGUGAUCCCGAGAAGGAGGCGAGAGAAGCGGAGGAGGAGAGAGGCAGUGAUGAGGAGGAUAGCGGGCCGGAUGCCGAUGGGGAUGGGAAUGGGGACGGGGAUCUUGUUGUGUUGGAGGCUGGUGGACAGGAGGAGAAGACGGCGAGGGCGAAGGCUGCUGCUAUGGCAAGAGCUCGGCGUCUACCGAAUGUGGCUGGACCAGUGGCUAAGGGGAAGGUGAGGAAGCUGUGGUAUUGCGGCGUUCCUCCCGUAGCGCUCGCUAACUCCCAGGACAGUGCAGAUGCGGCAACGCCGGGCUCAGCCGCGAUCUGGAUCUGGUAUGCUGCACGGAAGGAUGCAAUCACCAGCGAUGCGAUAGAUGCGGGGUUGAGGACGCGAAGGUCCCCGAGUACGGUUGUGAGAUGGUGGGCGACGCAUCGUAUGCCGCCUAGCGGAGAUGUUGGUAUGUAUCAUGAGUGCGUUGGAGAAGGGUUGAAAGGUAAGGAGGCUCGUUUGCGAGACGGAGAGAAAGGUGAGUGA